UCAGUUUUACGCCAGUUUUACGGCACUGCGAGUCCUCUGAGUUUAAAUCAUGUAUGUAAAUAGGUAAAACUUCACUUUGUUUCGUGGUCAUACUUGUAAUGUUACUCCAGCUUUUGAUUCACAAAUUAGUUCCCAUUAAACCCAAGCAAGAGUUUGAAGUGACGGAAACACCGAAGUCUGCUUCUUGCACAUUAAAUGGUCCAACAAGCCAGUUCAGACUGACAACCAGCAACGGUUCCCACUGCUCUUUAGGUUCCCAGUUCUCCACUGAACUGCUACGGCCAAUGUCAAGCACCGCAGUGAAGGAUGAACAAGCUUUCUUUAGGAGAUAAAGCUGCUGCAAGCAGACAGGUAAGCCGCUGGGUGCAUCAAUCUUUCACUGAUUUGCCAACGGACAGCUUUUCACGGCCUGGAAGGAGAACAGACAGUCAGGUUUUGUGCUCUCAGGCUGAGCCCAAGAGGCCAAGGAAGAGGAAAGGAAAAGUCAGAAGCUCAGACCCUCAUGUGUUGAAAGAAUCAGCCCAGAGGGACCAGGAUGAGCCCUGGGUAGACAGAUACUUGCCACGUUCACAGGUUGAGCUAGCCGUUCACAAGAAGAAGAUAGAAGAAGUAGAGAACUGGAUAAGAGCUCACGCAAACUCACCAAAGGGUGGUAUCUUGCUGCUGACAGGACCAUCAGGCUGUGGAAAGACUGCUACAGUCCAGGUUUUAUCUCGGGAGCUGGGCCUCAGAAUUCAAGAGUGGACUAACCCCACAAAUCUGGAGCCAUACAGCAGCAGCAGUCAGCAGGAAUUCAGGAUGAACGGCUUUUCUUACAGCUCCCAGCUAGCCCAGUUCCAGGAGUUCCUUCUCAGAGCCAACAAAUACAACUGCCUGAACAUGGCUGGUGAUGGAGGAACUACACACAGGAAGCUCAUACUGGUAGAGGAGUUCCCAAACCAAUUCUACAGGCAGCCUGGCAGCCUGCAUGAAAACCUGAGGCGCUUUGUGAAGACCAGUCGAUGUCCUCUGGUGUUCAUAGUGUCAGACUGUGCGAGUGGAGACAGCAGCUCACGCCUUCUUUUUCCCAGAGAGAUCCAGGAGGAGCUGGACAUCAGCAGCAUCAGUUUUAAUCCAGUGGCUCCAACCGCAAUGGUGAAGAUCCUGACCCGCAUUUCAAGCCUGGAGGCAGGAAAAAGCUGCGGGAGGAUGCGUGUCCCAGAUCAGGCAGUGUUGGAGUCGCUGUGUUCAGGAAGCUCAGGAGACAUUCGCAGUGCCAUCAACAGCCUCCAGUUUUCCUCGGUCCCAGAUAUGUCACUAGAAAAGGGGCUGUGGAAUAUGAAGGAGGACAGACCGGUUGCUUCACUGGGCAAAGCUGUUUCCAGAACAAACCAGCGGAAGUCCAAACAGACAAAGGAGCAGGCUAUUGGAGGGAAAGAUGCUUCUUUGUUCCUGUUCCGAGCACUGGGAAAGAUCCUGCACUGUAAACGGGGGGAUCAUGAAGGCACUGAAGCAGCUGGAGGUGGCCCUGGAUCUGGUCUGCCAUCUCACCUGUCUCAUCAUCACAGAGAAGGCUUAUUAGUGGACCCUGAGUUGGUUGUUGAAUGUUCACACAUGUCUGGAGAAUUCUUCAACCUCUACCUCCACCAAAACUACCUGGACUUCUUCUCUGAGAUGGAGGAUGUCGACCAAGCCAGCGAGUACCUGUCUGAUGCUGAUCUCCUCACUGCUGAUUGGACGAGUCGAAGCACCAUGGAGGAUUAUGGGUCUUCAGUGGCCACCAGAGGUCUCCUUCAUUCCAACUCCCAACAAGUUUCCGUUGGCUUCAGACCUCUGCACAAACCCAGCUGGAUACUAGUCAGCAAGAAGUACCGGGAAAACUGCCUGGCAGCCCAGUCUUUGUUCAGGAGCUUCUGUCUGACACCAGUGAGUCUGCAGACUGAACUUCUGCCAUACCUGGCCAAACUCACCAACCCUAUGAGGAACCAAGCCCAGAUAGCCUUUGUCCAGGAUGUGGGUCAGAUGUCACUGAGGAGGUUCCCCGGCAGAUUAAAACUGGAGGCUCUGACAGACAAAGAGCCAGGCCAGCUGGAGAUGGACAGUGAGGAGGAAGAGGAGAAGAGAGAGGAAGGGCAGGGUGCAGUUGAGGAGGGUCUGCCAUCCAGUCAGCCUCGACCCGCUACAAGCCAAGUCCUUCUGGAGGAAGAGGACUUGCUCAUCGAGGAAUAUACCAGUGACUAGCACACACCUUUGUUAUACUGUGACACAGUUUUCAUUAUUAAGUUUUUUUUGUUGUUUGGAUUUUUUAAAAAUAGAGUUACGGUUUAGCAUGGAGAUUAGCACCACACGAUCUGAGGUCUUAAAUUCGUGUUUGACUUUUGUCACUUGAUCCCAGAACUUAGUCUGU